CCUAAGAGACACUAGGUUCCAAGUAUCCGCUCUGUUUACAGCGACGUUCAUAUCGAUAGACCAGAAUUGACCAAAUCUCGAGCAAGCGCCCAGGGUCCCCACCGUCAUCGGGAAGACAUUUCUGCCCGAAUGUCGAACCUUGAUCAAAUGCGCACUUGUUGACAGAAUUGGGUGCACCUUUCUCUUCUAGUUCGGGUGCCUCAAUAAGGCGUAUACUGAACUUCGUGCGUCCCACCACUGUGUCACUGGACAGCUUCUUGCCCUUGGUCUUCGAUGUAUAUUCCAACUGUGCUCAACGUCCUCCAGGUAUCCCUCUCCCCACUGGCUGGGAUCUUUGGGUUUGGCCGCCCCGCCAGCAAUGACAUUCACUCGGUGCAUGGCUGGGACAAGUUCGGGGUUCUCUCGCCUUAUCAUGAUAGAUCGCACGUCCAUGGAGUACGAGCAGAUUUGCCUGCUGAUUGUACUGUCGACCAAGUCGUAUUGUUACACCGCCAUGGUUCUCGUGGACCCGAGGGAGAGGAAGUCUAUAUCAACAAGCUAGUCGAAACCCUGGAAAAUUCGACCAUUCCGCAUCAUUUACCACCUAGCUUGCGAUUCUUGAAGCACGGUUACAAGUCCGACCUCGUUCCAAAAAACCUGACAAUUAUUGGCCGCCAACAGCUGUUUGAUCACGGCGUAGAGUUUGGACGCCGCUACCCUGGGUUUUCGACAGACUUUGUUCUUUCGAGCACUACACAGAGAGUCAUAGAUUCUGCCUUUUACUUUACACAGGGCAUGUUCGGUCGAGAAAUGGAUAUCGUGACUGUGAACAAGCUUGGAUUACCUGUCAACUGGAUAUUGCCCUGGGAAUCCUGUCCAAAGUUUAGCCCAUGGUCGGAACUCGAAGCAGAACGAGCCACGUGGGCGAAGAAGUACAUCCCUGUAAUUAAGCAGCGGCUCAGUGCCCUCCUUCCUGGUGUCGAACUAUCCGAUGAAGACAUCCGCGGAGCGUUAUAUGCAUGUCCUUACGACCUCGCUGCUCAUGACGUGUCUCCAUGGUGUGAAGUGUUUAAGCCCCAUGAACUAGCUGCCUUCGAUUAUGAAAGCGACCUCGUCAGCGAUGGGAUAAGCGGGUACAUAUCAAGAAAUGAUACAGGGCCUAUCCUUGGAUCUGUAUACGUCAACAAGUUGAUAGAACGUUUCAGUAAUACUACUGGUGACGCUCGAGACCUUUACCUCGAAUUUGGACAUGACGUUACUAUCUUACUUGUGUUAUCUGCCAUGAAUUUGAACAAAGACAUCAUCCCUCUCACACCUGAGUACAUUCCUCCUGACCGUAAGUUCCGUGGAUCAGAACAGUCCCCGUUUGCCGCGUGGAUGAUCUGGGAGAAGUUUACUUGCAAGCACUCCUUCGAAGGCCCUCAGGUCCGUUUGCUGCUGAAUGGGGAAACAUACCCUUUGACCUCUUGCCAAAAAUCUCUCAAAGACUUGAGAUUUGGGACUUGCUCGCUGAGUAGGUUUGUGAAGGCAAACGUAUUCAGUACCAACAUUCGUUAUGGAGAUGAGACCUGGAAUGCUGCCUGUGUUGAUAAGUAUUAGAGUCUCUUAGUUCAUUAAUGACUCAUUAUCACUGUAAGCAUGAACAUCUGGGUGCGGUCCUGUCAUUUGUGUGUCAUGCCGUUCACGUCAUUGAUAUCCCUCUUACCGAUCUUUUGUAUAUCCUUGUAAAGUGCCUAGCUAAACCUCCUGUCAUCGAGUCUUACGUUGAAGUUGACUAUGCACACGCUCUAAAUUGCUAUCGAACGAAUGGAUAUUGCCG